CUCACUAGACUUACCGCCAUUUCUCCACAGACCGUAAGACACCGCCAAAAACGCCUACGCCAUGGCCUCCCUUGCAGCUUCCUCCACCGCGGCCCUCGCCCUUCCCCGCGCCAGCGCACCGGGGGGAGCCCGUUCCGCGAUCACCGCACGCCUACCCCGCCACGGUCUUGCUUCCGCCUGCCCGCUGCAGCUGCGGAGCGCCAGCACGGUGUGGUCGCGGAAGCCCGCUUCCGCCGCCUCCCCGCUGCCGGGGGUUGCGCGCGCUGUGGUGGUUGAGGCGCUUCCCAAGGAGUUCGGGCUGGUGGUGCUGACCGCCGCUGCUAGCGCCGUGCUGACGCAAUGGCAGAUGAUCGAGGUGGCGAAGCAACGGAGGGCCAGCAACCUGCCUUACCCCAAGAUGUACGAAGACAAGGAGGACAGCCUGUUCAACUGCUACCAGCGCGCCCACCAGAACACCCUUGAGAGCUACCCCGCCUUCCUCUCCCUCCUCCUCAUCUCCGGCUAUGCCUACCCGAUAACUGCCUCCGCUUGUGGGAUGGUCUGGGUUAUUGGCCGUGUCUUCUACUCCCUCGGCUACUACACCGGCAACCCGCGCAACCGAGUGCAGGGCAUGUGGGGCACAUUUGGUUUGCUCGGCCUUCUAGUGACCGCAGGAGUGUUUGGCGUCAGGCAGUUGCUGUGAAUCAGUCGUUGCAAGGCUGCUGCGAUGGCCCACAUGGUACUGGUACCACAUGGGUGUUUGGUCCAGACAGCUGCUGUGGGGAGUUGGUGCAAUGCAGAUGGUGUGAGGCAAAUGCUGUGAGGCAGCUGGAGUUGCGCGGUAGACAUGAGCAAUGCUUUCUGAAAGUGCUGUCCCACUCAAACAGUUAAUUUAUCAAAUCAAUUUUACUUCCGUUUGUAAUUUUCUCGAAGUUCAUUUUGGAACGUCGUCAGAAAUAAAUCAACACUGUUAUG